AUGACCAACCAAUCAGAUAUUCCCAUUCCAGACCGUAAACUGAACCUGGCUGAACUGCCCUGUGGCUCCAAAUGCUGUAACUGGCUGGAACGCAACUUGCUGCUGCUCCUGACCAUCCUCGGUGUGGUGCUGGGUGCCGUGUUCGGAUGCCUCCUGCGCAUGGUGCCCGACCUGGGCCCCAAUGUUCUGCUCCUGCUCUCCUUCCCAGGAGACAUCCUCAUGAGGAUGCUGAAGAUGCUUAUUCUUCCUCUCAUUGUCUCCAGCCUCAUCACAGGGCUAGCGGGCCUCGAUGCCAAAUCGAGUGGCCGGAUGGGGACGCGGGCCUUGGCCUACUACAUGACGACGACGGUUAUCGCGGCUGCUCUCGGUGUGAUCCUGGUGAUCAUCAUCCAUCCUGGUAACCCUAAGCUCAGGACCUCGGUCAACACGAGGUCCAAGAACCCCGAUGUGUCGAGCCUGGAUGCCUUCAUGGAUCUCAUUCGGAAUCUCUUCCCGGAAAACCUCGUGCAAGCGUGUUUCCAGCAGGUACAAACCGUACUGAAGAAGGUCCCGACCUCUCUGCCCGAAGAGGUCAAACCUGACAACGUAACGCAAGGUCUCGCGGGAAAUAUCUCUGUUCAGAAUGGAACACCUCCAGCCAUCAACAGCCGGCAGGCUUUUGUCAUGAAGAAGCAACUGGAGUUCAAGUGGGGAAUGAAUGUUUUAGGUCUGAUUGGGUUCUUCAUUGCGUUUGGGAUUUCCAUGGGCAAGAUGGGAGAAAGAGCUCAGGUGAUGAUUGACUUCUUCAACGUGCUGAACGAGAUCAUCAUGAGGCUGGUCUCAAUGAUCAUGUGGUACUCUCCUCUGGGAAUCGCCUCUCUGAUCUGUGGGAAGAUUGCAGACAUCAAGAACCUGGAGGCCGUUGCUAGGCAGCUGGGGAUGUACAUGGUGACGGUGAUAGUAGGCCUCAUCAUCCACGGUGGCAUCAUUCUCCCUUCCAUUUAUUUGAUGCUGACGAGGAAAAGCCCACUGACGUUCUUUGGGGGGAUAUUCCAAGCUUGGAUCACAGCCCUAGGAACAGCAUCCAGCGCUGGCACCUUGCCCGUCACCUUUCGCUGCCUAGAAGAGAACUUGCACAUCGACCGGCGGGUGACUCGCUUCGUCCUGCCCAUUGGCGCCACCAUUAACAUGGACGGCACGGCCCUCUACGAAGCAGUGGCGGCCAUCUUCAUCGCUCAGAUGAACGGGAUCAUGCUGGACCCAGGGCAGAUCAUUACAGUCAGCCUGACGGCCACCUUAGCCAGUGUUGGGGCUGCCAGCAUUCCCAGCGCUGGCCUCGUCACAAUGCUCCUGAUCCUGACGGCAGUGGGUCUCCCCACCCAGGACAUCAGCCUCCUCAUCGCAGUCGACUGGCUGCUUGACAGAAUGAGAACGUCGGUGAACGUGAUCGGUGAUUCUUUCGGUGCUGGGAUAGUCCACCAUCUCUCCAAACGCGAGCUGGCAGCCAUCGAUGCCCAGCACACGGACCAGGCCGACUUGGAAAUGAUUAAACUCCAACCAUCGCUCAACAAUGACAAGAUUUACAAGAUGGAGAUCAAAAGUCCACUUCCCUACGCAGGAUAUAACUCCUUACCAACAGAUGAUUAUGAGAUUAUAGACUCCAAGAACGAAGGGACAGAGGAAGAUGACAAUGAGCUGGAGGGAAAGGAGGAAGCAGAAGAACUGAAGAACAGCAUUGAAACCCUGCCCAACUGUGACACGGAGAAGAGUGAAGAUGUGAAUGGAGAGGAUGAAUAA